AUGGCCAGCGCAAAGCCAUUGACAAUGUUGGCGCGCAGCCGCCCGGCAGCCACGCUGCUCCGGUCACUGCAGUUCGCGUCUGGACGCCUCCCCUCGCCCGCCACCGUCGCCUUCUUCUCUACCACUCUAUCCCGAGCCGCCACUCCAGCAGGACCCCCGCCGCCAGGCUUCCGGUUACCAAAGCCGAAGCGAUGGGAUGAAGGAGAAGGUGCAUUGGACCGCGCCGGCAAGUACUUCUUGCUUAUGGAGAUGUUCCGUGGCAUGUACGUGUCGUUGGAGCAGUUUUUCCGACCACCAUACACCAUCUUCUACCCAUUCGAAAAGGGCCCCAUCUCACCCCGCUUCCGAGGCGAGCACGCUUUGCGACGGUACCCUACAGGUGAGGAGCGUUGCAUUGCUUGCAAGCUGUGCGAAGCCAUCUGCCCUGCGCAGGCCAUCACAAUCGAGGCUGAGGAGCGUAUGGACGGUAGCAGGAGGACCACACGCUAUGACAUUGACAUGACCAAGUGCAUCUACUGCGGUCUCUGCCAGGAGAGCUGCCCAGUCGACGCCAUUGUUGAGGGACCCAAUGCUGAGUAUGCCACCGAGACACGAGAGGAGCUGCUUUACAACAAGGAGAAGCUGCUAGCAAACGGAGACAAGUGGGAGCCUGAGAUCGCCGCUGCUGCCCGUGCGGAUGCGCCUUACAGAUAA